ACAGAACAACCUUUAUUAUUUUCUGUAAUUUUCUUGAAUAAAAUAAAAUAAAAAAGUAAAUAAAAAAAAUUAAAUUAAAUAAAUUUAAAAAUAAUUCAAAAUUAUUGACAAACAACGCUUGAUUAAAAAUAACCAGGGGUUAUGUAUUCUUAGAAAAUUGUAUUAGUUCUAAAACUAUUUUAAACAUUAAAAACUCCUUUUGUGAAGAAUUGUGCCACAGCAUUUUAUCUGUGGACAUAUAAAUAUGUUUCAAUAAACUCCAAUGUGUUUUUGAUAUAGUUAUGUAAUAUCAAGUCAAGUUCUUUGAAAGGUGUUUUAAUAUUUUAAAGACCAUUUUGUAAUUACGGUAGUAUAAAUACUAUUUGUGUUUUUCACAACUAUUAUUUAGCACCACUGGGAAAAUAUAGAAACUCUUUUAAUACUUUGUAAAAGAAAAGUGUUUCAGAUGCAUAUAUAAUGAAAAACGUGAGGAAAAGAUAAAGAAAAAAAAUUACGAGAUGAAAUAAAUACAAACAGUAAAGUAUUUUUUAUGAUAGUAGAUGUCUUGCAUGAAAACACCUACUCCGUUUUAUACGUUGUGCUAAGUUGCUUAAUGUUUUAAGCAACUUAGCACAUGUUUUGUAAAUAUUCGGUCAAUUUAUAUUGAGACUUAGUAAAAAUAAUUUAAAAAAUACGCCAAACCAUAAAAUAACUAACACAAAAUGAAAAAUAAACUACAAAAAAAGCACAUCUACUGAACCAAAACGGGGGCUCAAUUAAUGACGUCAGGUCCAUUCCCACAAUGCCUAGUAACACGCAAGCGCACUGUAAAAAAACAGAAGACGGCUAUCAAUGAUCAGAGAUGGCGGGCGCCUCCGACCCCCUGGAAGAUAUGCUUUAUUCAGAGGUGGAUGAAAAAGCCGUUAGCGACCUGGUGGGUUCAUUGGAGUCAGAGCUUACUGGACAGAGCAACCCGGUGGGCAAAGCAGGCGAAAACGGAGGCGCUGGCUCUGUGCCCCCCGCUAACCAUCACUUAGGAAAAACGCUACAACCUCCAGUGAGCAUCACAACACUAGAACAACAACAACCAGGACGGCGUUUAAAACCCGAAAUGCGCCAGGAGAUCAACUCUAAAGAGGCGAGCCAGGAUAAAACUGACACAUCUCCUCCCCUGGACUGCGCUGCUUCCUUCGGCGAGCCCUCCACCACCUCGACCGCCUGUGUGAUCGCCAGCAGCAACGGCUCGCAAUCACAUGGAGCAUCCAUCACAACACUGAUCGCGUCCAAUGUGUCAACUUCCCAAGACGGCAUCGGCAACCGGAGCACUAAGGUGACCGCGGGCGCAGGUGAGACGGAGGCUGAGCCGCCGAGGAAGCGCAUCGCGGCGCCGAGGAGAACCGCUUCGGCGCGGAUCAAGAGUUUGAACGGUGCAGCCGUGACGACGAGGAGGAGCAGCAGCUGCACGGCGGUCGAGGAGACCGCUAGCCCCGCGGACUGCAGCGCGAACACCCCCAACUCUACCCGACCGGCACCGUCUUCUAUCAACACUUCGACUUUUACUGUGUCGAACGCCAGCCUGCCUGUGGGUCAGUCCGCCAUCGCUCUGGACCGGGGGACUCCCACCAUCGCUCUGCAGAGACUCCCCAGCCACAUAGUGGCCAGCAUCGCCCAGAACGGCACCAGCGUUUCGGCCCUGGUGCAGCAGAGUGCUCGACCGGGAGCUGCCCCUGCCCAGGGGGACCCCGGCAAAACGGACCCCGGGGCUUCCACAGCAGACAAGCCCAGCGUUGACAUGCCAAGCCAGCCUGUAACAAACACUGUAGCCUCUGCUCCGUCUGCUGUCACACCAGCAACAAGCACAACUGCAACUACAACUACCACCCAGCCUCUGAGCACUACAACUGCAGCACUGACAGCCACCCCUGCGUGUGGGACUGUUCAGACCACAUCAGUGACUGCUACCAUCAGUAUAAUCCGGCCCACCGCCCCCUCUCCCAGUCCGGCUGUGGUCACGUCUGCACAGACUCAACCUCGUCCUGGACUUGCAGCCCCUCAAAGGAUUGUAGCUCCACAGCUGAUUGUCAGACCGCCCCAGCAGCAGACAACCAUUCAGCUGCCCCCAGGAUUUACCAUCCCACCAGGGAUGGUUCUGGUCCGUACGGAGUUGGGUCAGUUGGUGAUGGUUCCCCAGCAGGCUUUGGCUCAAGCUCAAGCCCAAGCUCAGGCCCAAAACAGCAUCUCUCCACGACCCGCCACCCCCACCACAGGAACCACCUUCAGAGUGACAACGCCACAGCCGUCUCCUGUGACCCCUCAGACCGCCAGGCAGUGUCCUCUGACCUCGGCCAACAUGGCGCCCUCUCCCUCUCCCACUCCUUCCAGCCCUGCCCUGCAGACCUCCUCUUCUUCCUCUGCUUCCUCCUGUCCUGCAAUACGCCCUAAGGGCCCCGUGGCGCCCACCGUGGCAGUGACGGCUCCACAGCAGGCCCCUGUAGUUAUGACCCCCCAGGCCCCGUCUCAGCCUGCCUCUCAGCCAGUGCAGCCUGCACAAGCGGGCAUCGCCGCAGCUCCCGGAGGUCCUGUCGUGUCCCAGGAAAUGCAAGAAAACGUGAAGAAGUGUAAGAAUUUCUUGGCUACUCUCAUCAAACUUGCAUCUCACAACUCUCCGUCCCCAGAGACGUCCAAGAACGUAAAGGCUCUGGUCCAAGACCUGUUGGAUGCCAAGAUUGAACCUGAAGAGUUCACCAGCCGCCUGCAGACUGAGCUGAAGUCCUCUCCACAGCCUUACCUGGUGCCUUUUCUUAAGAAGAGCCUCCCGGCCCUGAGGCUGUCUCUGCUGAAUAGUCAGCAGUCCCUGACCCAGCCCCCGCAGCAGGGAAUCAAACCAGCACCCGGCAGCACCCCGCCUGCCAUCGUGGCCGGGCCAGCUGUGCGCAUAAGCCACCCCAACAGUGUCAGCACCACUCCGGGCGCCGGCGCACUGCCUGCUGGGACGCUCGGACAUGCAGCUGCAAUGGGCGUGAAAACUGGAGGUGCUGUCAGUGGCCAGGUCCGCAUGCCCGUGGUGCUCACACAGUCCAUCAGACCACAAGGCGCAAUGGGAAAAGGAGCCAUCAUCCAAACAGGCAGGAGUCCCAUGGGCCUGCCUGCUCAGAUCUGCGGGAAUCAGAAAAACAAGCUCAACGACCCCGGGGGAGGCUCCUUCAGAGAUGACGACGACAUUAACGACGUGGCAUCCAUGGCCGGAGUAAAUCUGAACGAAGAGAGCGCACGAAUACUGGCAACCAACUCGGAGCUGGUGGGAACUCAGAUCCGCUCCUGUAAAGACGAGGCUUUCCUGCAUCCGGGCCUGCUGCACCGGCGGAUUCUGGAAACUGCUAAGAAGUUCGGAGUGACAGAAGUCCCCAUGGAGGCGGUGACGUUCAUCUCUCACGCCACGCAGUCGCGACUUCGGACUAUGGUGGAAAAGAUUUCCAUCAUUGCGCAGCACAGACUGGAUUCCUGUAAGGACGACGAGUACUACGAGCAGUCUGCAGACGUUCGCUCGCAGCUUCGCUUCUUCGAGCAGCUGGAGAGAAUGGAGAAGCAGAGGAAGGACGAGCAGGAGAGAGAGAUCCUUUUGAAGGCUGCGAAAAGUCGAUCCAGGCAAGAAGACCCAGAGCAAGCUCGGCUGAAACAGAAAGCUAAGGAGAUGCAACAGCAGGAACUGGCCCAGAUGAGGCAGCGAGAUGCCAACCUCACAGCGCUAGCUGCCAUCGGACCUCGAAAGAAACGCAAAGUGGACUCUCCGGGGGCAACACCAUCAGGGACAGAGGUUUCUGGAGGCCCAGCAGGCUCUCCGGCCGGCUCCUCCACGCCGUCCUCCUCAUCCCGCCAGUACACGCGGCAGCGCAUCACUCGGGUCAACCUCAGGGACUUAGUAUUCUACAUGGAGCAGGAGAGAGAGUCCGCCCGCUCCCUCCUGCUCUACCGAGCCCUCCUCAAGUAGCCGCUGCUCCUCCAGCUCCCACCUCGACCUCAACCUCCUUCUUCUUCUUCUUCUUCUUCUUCUUCCCAGCCACGUGCCUUCAGAUCAGGUCUAAUGUUUCAGCUCCGUGUGUACUGUCGUGAUGUUCGAUGUAGCUCUUUGUAACGAGAAAGAGAAAGAUGGGGAAAAAAAGAAUACAAAAAUCAAGCUGGUGUUCUCUGUGUUCUCCAUUUAGAAUCAGGAUGUUUAGUCAUUUCAUCAUUUUCUGUGUUGAGGAUCCACAUCUGGUUUGAAAAGUCCGGCCAACUAAGACCAUUGGCUGUAUAUGAGAACUGGACUGAGCGACUGUGACAUCAUCCUAUAGAAAAAAGCUUUCUUGUGAAAUGAAGUCAAUUCAGUCGCCAUUUUUGUGCGAUUUAGACGCUGCCAUGUUGGAGCCAGACGUCGUCAGUAAGCGGUGAUUGGUCCAAAGUGGUCAACAUUUCCACUCUCAAUCAAAGCGAGAGGAGUAAUGUAGGCUCCACCCACUUUUAUUGAGGGAUCUGAUUGGUCAGUUUAUGACUUGAAAUACUUGCACUACAGAAAAUAUAUGAAAUAACGAAAGAAUUAGUAAGAACAUGUUAAAAAGUUAGGGCUGUGAAAGUUUCUGCGUUAACGCACUCGAUUAAUAAAUCAUAAUUCAUUUCUUUAAUAUUUAUUAAUGCCUUAGGUGUCCUCCCUUGUGCCGUAAUAAAGCUCAGUCUAAAUAAAUGUAAACUUUUUUACAUUAUGUGAUUGAGAUUAUAUUAAAUUAAAGAUAUACUAUGGAAUUUAUUUGUAGUUUUGGGGGGGUUAGUAAAUCUUGGCAGAUCAAACGUCACAAAAAAAUGUUUUGUUGUUUUUCACAAACACAAUACAGAAAAUUUAUGACAAAAAAGAAAAAGCUGAAAAAAGGAUGAAAAAAAAACAGAACUCCAGGAAAAAUGUCAAAUGGACAUUGUUUUAUUUUAAAAUGUAUUUUAUUUUAUUUUAGAAAUAUAUGUGGCCCAAGAAAUCUGUGACUUUCUUUUGGAUUUUUUCAUAUUUUCAUUCAAAAACAUGUUGAUUAGUUUGUUGACAAAUUUUAUUCUUGUUGUUUUUAUAAAUUUACACCUAAAACUUUCAUUCUA